CUGAAACUACAGACGAGAAUUCCCAAGCAGAGCGAAUGCUUCCUGUAUCAGGUUAUACAAUAACCAGGCUCUUACCUGUGUGAGCUCCACAGAGAAUGAUACUACGACAUAGAAACACCUCCCCUUACUACACACACACACACAGUGUUCAGAAAACAGGAAACUCCUUGGCUCCUGUUCUCCACCCUGGCUGCUUCAGGCCGUACACACCCUUCCAGCCCAACCUUAGACUCCCUAAGGAAACUUGAGGAAAAAAAGGAGUCUCUGGAUGUUAUAAAGAGACGAGAGACUUUCUUUUCCGCCGUACGCUUGUUUGGUUUUGUUCAAGGACUUUAGAAUUUCACCUAUACCUGUUGCAGCCAAUUUCAGGAAGUGCAAGGCCACCAGCAUGGAAGAUGUCAUAUGGGAGCAGUAUACAGUGACCUUGCAAAAGGAUAGCAAAAAGGGCUUUGGCAUUGCAGUUUCCGGGGGUAAAGAUAAUCCACAUUUUGACAAUGGUGAACCUUCUAUUGUCAUCUCAGAUGUCCUGCCUGGAGGACCAGCUGAUGGAUAUCUUCAAGAAAAUGACAGAGUAGUUAUGGUUAAUGGAAAACCCAUGGAUAAUGUGCUCCAUUCGUUUGCUGUGCAACAAUUAAAGAAAUGUGGAAAAACAGCUGUCAUUAUUGUAAAGCGACCUCGUAAGGUUCAGGUUACUGCAAUGAGACAUUCCCCUUCUCCUGAACCUGACCAUAGAGUAUUUGAUACGUUGGAGGAUGAUGUACACUUUGACCACAGAAGCACAAAUAGUGGUUACAGUGAAAGCUGGCAUAGUGGUAAUGGCCGCCGCAGUAGAGAUUCAAGCCCAGACAGAGGAUAUGGCAAAGACCAAGACAGAGGACGCCCCUAUGACCGAGAAGCGGACAGGGGUCGUGGAAGAAGCAGGGAGAGGGACCUGGAUGAUGAGCGAGAACACAGAAGGGAAAGUAGCCUAGGAAGGAGCCUUGACCAUGACCAUAGUGAAGAACGUAAAUAUAGGAGGGAUCGUGGUAGGAGUGUGGACAGGGAAGAGUCAUUUGAGCGCAGCUACAGUGGAGACUACAGCCCUGAUCGUGGCAAUAGCAGGAGACCUCCAUCUGACCUCCGAAAUGAGAAAGAAAAGCAGCUCAGCCGGAGUCAUGAUCGGCUUGAGUCUUACAGCCCUGAACCUCCCCGAUCGUAUUCCGCGCCACCACGCAAUGGACAGGAGAAGCCUAUCAGUGUGUUGCUCUGUAAAAACAAAGCCAGUGAAGAGUAUGGUUUGCGGCUUGGCAGUCAGAUCUUCAUAAAAGAAAUGACAGACACAGGACUCGCAAUGAGAGAUGGCUACUUGAAUGAGGGAGAUAUCGUUCUUAAGAUCAAUGGAACGGUUACAGAAAAUAUGUCUCUGUCGGAUGCCCGGAAGCUAAUUGAGAAAUCCAGAGGGAAACUACAACUGGUGGUGCAGAGAGAUGCCAGACAAACUCUCCUGAACAUCCCUUCACUACAUGAUAGUGAUUCUGACAUUGGAGACAUUUCGGAGAUUGAAUCCAAUCGUUCAUCCUCACCUGUAGGAGAAAGGAAAUUGCAACAUUCAGACUCCCAUUCAUCUAAUGAAAAGUUACAAGAGAAAGUCACUAAAGAAGAUCCGCCCCACAGACUUGCUAAAUUUGGUGCAAUCCCCACUCCAUUCAAAGCAAUGAAUUCAGCAGAACCUUCUCCAGUAGUUUCUGGACGUGUUGCAGUGACAGAACCCAGCAAGGACAAGUCUGUUCUAGAGGAUGCCCCAGUCCUUGCAGUCCAACCACCUGUUACUGCUUCCAAGAUAUUUCUGCGCCCAAGUCCAGAGGAUGAGGAGAUUUAUGGACCCAAUACCACAAUGGUCCAGUUCCGAAAAGGAGACAGUGUAGGCAUGCGUCUCGCUGGUGGAAAUGACGUGGGGAUAUUUGUUGCUGGAGUUCAGGAAGGCAGCGCUGCUGAACAAGAGGGACUACAGGAGGGAGACCAGCUUCUUAAGGUCAACACCCAGGACUUCAGGUGCAUUGCUCGAGAAGAUGCUGUUCUUUACUUACUGGAUAUUCCAAAAGGAGAGGAAGUAACUAUUCUGGCCCAAAGCAAAUAUGAUGUGUAUAAAAACAUACUUGCCUGUGGCCGGGGAGACUCAUUCUUCAUAAGGACACAUUUUGAGUAUGAUAAAGAAGCUCCACAAUUCCUCAGCUUUACAAGAGGCGAAAUAUUCCGGGUAGUAGAUACACUGUAUGAUGGGAAACUGGGCAGCUGGCUGUCUGUAAGAAUUGCCAAUGAGUUGGAAAAGGGCAUUAUUCCAAGUAGAAGCAGAGCCGAGCAGCUGGCCAGUGUGCAGAAUUCCCAGAGAACAUCAGCCGGGGAUAGGGCAGAUUUCUGGAAGAAUCGUGGCCAAAGAGCUGGUGCUAAAAAGAAUGCAAAGAAGAGUCGGGAGGAUCUGACCACUGCUCCAGUAGUUGCCACUAAGUUCCCUGCAUAUGAGAGAGUGAUGCUUAGAGAAGCUGGAUUUAAACGUCCUGUUGUUUUGUUUGGUCCUAUUGCUGAUGUAGCGAUGGAGAAGCUGGCUGGUGACAUGCCAGACAUAUAUCACAUUGCCAAAACUGAACCGAAAGAUGCCGGGUCUGAAAAAUCUAAUGGAGUAGUACGGUUGAACACAAUUAGGCAGAUCAUUGAACAGGAUAAACAUGCACUGCUGGAUGUGACACCCAAAGCUGUGGAUCUCUUAAACUACACGCAAUGGUUCCCUAUUGUGGUUUUGUUUAUCCCAGACAGCAAACACGGUGUUAAAACAAUGAGACAGAGAUUAUGUCCAGCUUCCACCAAAAGCUCAAAAAAACUGUAUGACCAGGCAAAUAAACUGAAGAAAACAUGUGGUCAUCUAAUAACAGGGAAUAUUCAAUUGAAUUCAGUCAAUGACAGUUGGUAUGGAAGCCUGAAAGACAUUAUCAGAGAUCAGCAGACAGAGGCAGUUUGGGUAUCAGAGGGAAAGGAAGACGGCACAGAUGAGGAAGACGAAAGAAUGUCUUACCUGACUGCAAUGGGAGCAGAUUAUCUGAGCUGUGACAGCCGUUUGGUCAGUGACUUUGAGGAUACAGAUGGAGAAGGAGGAGCAUACACUGACAAUGAGCUAGACGAGAUCGCUGACGAUCCACUUCCCAUUUCAGCCAUUAGCCGCUCAUCUGAGCCUGUGCACCAUGAUGAGACUAUAAUAAAACCUGUACCAGAGCCCAGAAGCCAAAUGAAGAAAGCCGGCAGCAGAGAAAUCCUACGGGAGCCCAGUCCACCUCCUUCAUUUAAACCAGAACCACCAAAGGUAAAACCACAAGGCAAGGAUGAGAUCUAUGACUCCCCUCGUUUCUAUGAAGCUAAGCGAAGUGACUCCAGUGUAGCCAGCAGUGAAACUUCAGGGAGCUCAGCAAAGGCAGUGCCUCCUCCCACUGCAUCCAAGCCUGUCCUUGCCACAAAGCCCAUUUUCAAGCCCUCUGUGCCUCUAAACCCAGCUCCUUUAGUAAAGGAACCAGAGGAGCAGGUUGCUGAACAAGUCAAUGUUCCCAAGUCUGUAUUGGGAAAAGUGAAAAUAUUUGAGAAAAUGGACCACACCGCAAGAGCGCAAAGAAUACAAGAGUUACAUGAAGCACAAAAUGCAAGGCUGGAGCUGGCUCAGAAAUUACCAGAUAUUUAUGCCGUACCAGUAAAACCACAGAAAAAUGAACAGACCCGACCCCAGCAAACAAAUUCUCGCCCUCCAGAGCCCCAGAAACCCUCAACCUGGUCUUAUUUAGAUAAAAGAGAAAGUUAUGGAAGUGAUGAUGAGGAAGAGCAAUACCGACGCCAACUGGCUGAUCAGUCAAAGCGUGGAUUUUAUGCACAGCCAUCAAAAUACAGAGACACGGAGCUGUGAACUACUCUGAAAAGGGUUGGAUGACUAAACUAGGAGCUAACAAUGUACAGUUUUUUACGCUGAAUAUCUAAUGAAAGACUUUGUGUAACCUACUGUAGCUGGGGCCUGUCUAAGUGUUAAGUCACUUUAUUGAACUGGAAAAUAAGACCCUUAACAGUGAGUUUAGGUACAAUAUGCAGAAUGUGUGUAUUCUACGUAAGCUUUUCUUAUUGGAACAUCAUCCGUUUUUAAUCAUGUUACUUGAGCUUUUGUGGGAGGUUUACAUGUGCAGAGAUUGUGUAUUGCUCUAUAAUAGAUUUACAUCACAUACGUCUUGUGAAGUUACUAGUGACACAGAGACUUCUUGCAUGAAAACUACAUUCCAAAAAGAGAGUGUUUGUUUUUUUUAGAAAGUGCCUUUUUCCAGAAUGGUCUCGCUUAUACGUUGCACUAUUGCAAAGCCAUACUUCUGGCCAUUUCUAUUAGAAUCCAGCAGACACUCUGAAAAGUGAUGAUCUGGUGGGUCUGUGUCUAAUUUCAAAGUACAUAGCAAUUCAGCUGCUCGUGUUAUAUAAUGUCAUUCCUAAACUAUAAAUGUUUUUGAUGUUUGGCAAAGUUCAUCAUGUAAAGAACACAGUCUCCAAAUCAGAACCAUUUUUUCAGUAUUUUGGAUCAAUGUAGGGUACUUCAGAUUAGCUGAAAUAGUCAGUUGUAGAGGUGUUACUUCUGAACAUCCCUUAAAUUCUCUAAAUCAUGAGAUAUGUGAAUUUGUUUUAAAAAAAAUGUUCAUUGCAACUAUUAAUCUGGCUGUACAAGGUCGGGCUUGUAAAGAUGUGGUCAUGGAUGAAAUGGCUUUCUUAUGGUCUAAAUAAAAUGACAAACAAGUUCUGA